AUGACUGAGUCUACGGCCGACAUUGCAGAUGAAUUGCUAUUUUGUCAACUGACUGGUUGCUAUGACACUGACGAUCUAAUGCGCUUUGAGGGUGACGGUGGUACUCGAAGAUGGUACUGUGGCUUUAUCUAUCUAUACUCCAAGACUGUUGUUCCCAAGCUUAACGUACGAAAUAUUCACCUUCAGGACGUCAGCACAGAUGUGGUAAUUCGAAUCACUAGUACUCACUGCUUUAAGGAAUUUUUGAUUUAUGAUUAUCCCGGAAGCCCCGUCUACCAUAACCUCUUCGAGAAGUUUGUUGGCACCACUGACGUAUUCGUAUUGAUGUUCGAUGUUACGGACCGAUCGAGUUUCGAAGCAUGCCCCCUGUGGACUCAAAAAGUAAAGGAACUAGCCAAGAACAGCAGUGUCCCAGGCAUUCUUAUUGGUAACAAAACUGACCUAAUUUCUUUACGUGACGUCACCGAGACUGAAGCCCGGCAGUUCGCAGAGGAAAUUGGUAUCAAGUAUUGCGAAUUAUCAAUCAAAGAAGCGCGGAACGUCCUGGAACCCUUCAAUAUUCUAGCACGCGACUUUUACAAACUAUACCAAACUACAGCUGGCCAAUUUAGAGAAAUGUUGUAA